UUUUUAAUUUAUAGCCAAGGUUGAGAAACGAGAAAUCGCUACAUGUAAACACAGUAGAUUGUGUCGUUUUGGUUUCCCUCUUUCUUAAAACCAAAAUGUAUUCUUUAUGCAUCUUUCUUCUCGUUUCAUUUUCUAUAAACACCUUUUCCACUGCACAGCUCGUCGUUAAUGUAAAAACACAGGGUGGUGAAGUAUUCAAAGAAACCAUCACAGCAAACAUAUCAGAUGAUUCGGUGGUGCUGGAAUUUCCUCAGAGUGAUGGCACUUACGUCACACAGCUCAUUGACUUUAAGCAGGAGCUGCAGAUCUUCAAGGUGAUUGUCUUGGGAGAGGAGGAAUUAGGACAGAGUCAGUUCCAAGUCAUGUGCUUCAUUAUGAGGUUCUUUAAGAAUAAUUUCAUAUCCUCAGAUGCCAUGUCUAAGUUAAGACAAAAAAAUCCUGGCACAGUAAGAUCACCAGAAGAAGACCGUGGCACUGAAGAAGUUGAGAUGGACGUGAGUGUGGAUGUUGCUGGAGCAGGUAUUCUGUCGCCACACAUCCCUCACAUGUGUGCAUUGGCCAGCACGUCUACUUAUGCCUCUGACAGAGACAUUAAACUUUGGGCAACACAAAGAAGAGAAUUAGAUGGUGAUUGGUCUCUAGUUAGCGAUGCAACACACCACCUCCCAACAAGAGGUGUUGCUCGCUGUGCCGACGGGGGUAGAGAUCUCUCCAGCCCUUGUGCCUGUCAUUAUCAAGUGUGCAUUGCUUGGUAUCCCUGUGGCCUGAAAUACUGCAAAGGAAGAGACAACUCGGGUAAAGCUGUGUCCUACCGUUGUGGCAUCAGAACCUGUCGGAAGUGCCGUAAUUUCAGCUACUUUGUACCACAACGUCAGCUCUGCCUGUGGGACGACUAAUGGGGUUGCAUGUGUAAUAGCCUUAUCAGAAUGAUAAAAGCAUUGGGUUUUUGAUAUAGUGACUUGUGAAAGGUUUUAUGAGCCGAUCACUCAAUAUUGCUGAUUUAUAGCAUUUUGAGUGCAACAUGGUUUUCUUCUAUUAACACUGGUUCUUGGAUUAUAACUUGUAUCAAAGCUUUGACAAACAGGGAAAAAACCCAAAUAUUUAUUAAAGUGCAGUAUUUUUUGUGAAAUACUCAGAAUCUAUUAUUUUUUAUGGGCAAGUAAACACACAGAUUUCAUGACUUGUUACCAUAAUUGCCAUGUUUUUGUAUCAGUAUGUGUGAAUAUGUACUUGGUAACACUAGAAAUUACCAAUUUUAAUGUGUAUUCUAAUUGACAAUCUUAUUUGUAGGUAAAGGCUUUAACAAAGAGUUUGAUAAUAUAUUGUAAGACUAAGAUUUAUGUAAAAGCAAGUGAAAGCAAAAAACAAAAUGUUUUCAUUGUUUUUUACAUCGCACUUUGAUUGCCAUAUCUGUGCCAUAUAUUCUCCAGGAAUUUUUCUUCUUUAUUCACUGGGGAAAACAGAUAGUUCCUUUGUUUUUAUUCCUAGAAAAGUCUUUGAUGUAAUGUCUUUGUAUUUUUUCUUUAUAAGUGUUUGGUAUAGAACUUUAAAUUUUGUUUUUUAAUUCUUUGUUAAUAAAACAAGUGCAUUUUCCUGUAUAGUCUUACUGCUUGACUAUGUUUUUUUUUAUAAUGUGUAUAGGAUUAACAUAGAGAAAAAUUUAAAUUUAUAAAAGUUUACUUCUACAGUGCACAUAAAUAAGGUUUAUUUAAUUUUGUAAAUAGUUUGAGCAUAUUGGUUAUUAGCAUUUUGUUUUAUACUUUUUAUAUAUACAGCAGGUGACUGUUAGUUACAUGCCAAGUGCCAUAAGCUUUUUUUAUUUGCUACUUUUAUAAAGUAUUUUUUUAUAGAUAUAAGUUUAUGAGUUUUUCAGACCAUUUUCUGUGGAUAUUAUAUAUUCCUUAUAUACAUUUUUACUAAUGCAUAUACAUACAAACAGAAGUCUAAUUCAGAAGCAGCUGCUAUAUUAUAUAGCACUAUAAGAAAUUGUGAGUCUGUGAAUUAAAAUAUUUCUUAAAAGUGGAAAGAAAUAAAGAAGUACUGUAAAACAUUCUUUUUUUCCUCCAGAUCUCAUGGUAAUUGCUGGUAAUGAAGCAAUGAAAAUAUUAAAAGUUACAAAAAGUUUUAAAAUGUCUUUCAGCAUAAAAUGGAAGUAAUAUGCUGUUUUGUAAGAAUUGAGUCACAGAUUCUGGAGAAAGCAACUUUCUAGCAUUCUGUUAAUCAGAAACGUGAAGCAUCUGAUUUGCCAGCCUGUGUUUGAAAUAAUCCUCAGUAGAGGCCUGUAAGAUUGUAGUUUCAUGCCAAUAUAGUGAUUGGAGUAGAAGAAAUUCUUAGUUUCUUACAUGUGAUACAGGGAUGAGUUCCUGCUGUGGCAGUACUUUAGAUUCUCUUGUCCUCUGCAUUGCUUGCUUUUGACCAGUAUAAUCAUAAGUUCAAAGCAAAGUCAAAUUGAAAUGAUGACUGGAAGAACAAAUAUGAACAGAGUACUUUGAUAAAACAAGAAAAUAGAAAAUUAGUAGUGACAAAUAGUAUAAAAAUAAUUUAACCAUUUUGAAAAUGGUUUUGCUAGGAAAGAAACUACUGAGACUGCAACUGUACUCGCCAAAAUUUGGAACUUCGUCCAAUACAAAGGAUUUUAUUGCACUAUGGUGCAUACAUCAAAGAACAAGGUUCUGAAAAGUCUGCAGUAAGUUUUGAGAGAAUUUCCAAGGGGUUAUAAUCUGACUGGGCUUUAUAGUGAGGGUUUCUACCUGUAGAAUAUAUUUUUUGGACUAAUAACUUGUCAGUAUACCCUGCAAGGUUAUUAACAACUGAAUCUUUAAGGAUGUUUUGCAACUAAUAUUCAGUGAAAAUCAUGGAUCAUGAGCACAGUGACAAUCUAAUGUAGUAUGCAUUCAUUUCCCUGGAUAAAGGAUAAGAACCAAAACAUGACUUGAAUUUAAGUACUACAGAACAGUGUUUUUGUAAUAGUGCUUGUAAAUCAAAUAUUGUUGCAUCAUUCUAAAUUUAAAAGUACCAUGAACAUCAUUAACAUUUUUACAUUGUAACUGAAUCAAUUAUGUAAUAUCUGGAUAACUAAAAUGCAAGUUAGGAGCACAAGGAAUUUUUAAUAUUUCAAAUGCAGAGAAAAAUGAAGGGAAUAAACCAUUUAAAGUCCACUUGCUUUCUAAAUAAAAAAAAUUGUCAACUAUUCACCAUUAGGGUAAGAAAUCUUAGUUAAUAGAAAUCUUCAUGGUGGUAUAUAGUAAAUUUGAUUGCUUGACAAAAUUAAAGUUAUUUUAUAUACAUUUACUUCUACAAAUCUAUUAAGAAUUUUGCAUACAAGAUACAACCAUUUUCAUUAGCAUUUACUUCCAUCAAUUAAUAAUGUGCAAUCAUUAUUGAUCAGGUUACAGGUUCAAAUGACACCUUUUUCCCGGUUCUAGCGUAUGGUACUGACUCCCCUGUGGGUCCUGAUAAAGGAGGAUAUACUGUAUAGUAAAAUCACUCAUCCAUGGGUCCUAAAAGGAUAAUAAAUCCCUGAACAGUUUUGAACUUUUUAUUUCAUUUCCAUACAAAAUUUCUCUCAAACUGGAAUGUGACAGCUCAAACAAGACUAUAAUUUCUCUAUUAGGAAAAGAAAAUAAAACUUCAUACCACACAUACAAUGGUAAAGUAAAAUAAAGAGAACAUGACCAAUAAAAAAGAAAAAUGAAACAAUAUUCAUUUCACUAUAUUGCUACGUAUGAGCUGCAACUACGAUAAAUAAGGAAUACUUUUCAUAUAUAUGAAUUUCUUUUUCAUAGAAUAACAUUUAAAUACAUUUUAUACUGCAUAAUGUAUAACACUUAUAUCUGUAUAAAUUGUACUAUAAUAAGCUUACAAAUUAGUAAAAUAUGAAAAAAGCCUGGAUGGAUAAUUUUUCUUUGAUAUUGUAUCUACGCCUUUAGUUUUCAGUAAAACAAACGUGAUGUGUAUUGACAAUGUGUCAAUUUAGAAAUGAGCCAAUGGUGCUACUCAUCUGCUUCUUUAAGCAUUUUCUCUGGCCUUGAGACUUAGCUUCAUUAUUACCAGUUCCUAUGCAAUGAAAUAUAAAUUGUAGCAACCUAUUGGACAAGUAAUACAUAUCUGAUUUCAUUCUUUUUUACACUCAUUUCUUUGCCAAAGACUGCAGUUGUAAAAAUUCCUGUUCUAAUCAUACCACUGCCAAUGCAUUUUUUUCAGUUUUUAUUUUUAUAUAUAAAAGAAAUCCUCCCCGCUAUCAUUUAUUGGAACAUAUUAGAAGCAUGAUGAAUUAUGUUGAACUACUUUUUU